UUUUUCCCUUUCCACCUCCCACUAUUGCCAUUUCCCUUUUUUUUUUUUUUUUCAUUUUUAACUCUCUUUCUGAUGCUAGUGAUUGUCUCCCUCUUGUUACCCUUUUCUUAUUGAUAGGCUCACAGGAGCAUGUUAGCAGGUAAACAACACAAAGGGUUAAAAGCCUUGUAGUUUUGUGGUACAUGGGGGAUGAGAGAUGGAGGAUAAAGCAGAGAAGCAAGAUGACAAUAACCACCCAUCUCUCCUCCUUCCCAAUCACAACACCAUCAUCAAGGAAGAGUCACCAAGGAAAAACAUUGGUGGUGGUGGUGGUGGUGGAAGUGAUAGGUUGAAGAGAGAUGAGUGGAGUGAAGGGGCUGUUUCAACCCUUCUUGAGGCCUAUGAGGCCAAAUGGGUGCUCAGAAACAGAGCCAAACUCAAAGGCCAUGACUGGGAAGAUGUUGCAAAACAUGUCUCAUCAAGAGCAAACUCCACCAAGUCACCAAAGACACAGACUCAGUGCAAGAACAAGAUUGAGUCCAUGAAGAAGAGGUACAGAUCAGAGUCUGCUUCCACUGCAGAUGCUUCCUCUUGGCCUUUGUACUCUCGCCUUGAUCUUCUUCUGCGUGGGACAGGACCACUUUCUUCGCUUCCACCACCACCACUAAUAGCUACAGCAACAAUAGCACCAUCUCAACAAUCACCACAUGCCACCAAUAACCAGGCUUUGGUGCUGUUGGAGCCACCUUCACUGGCAGUUUCACAAGCACCUCCUCUUGUUGCCCCUCCACCUCCCCCAAUUGCUCAAAACUCACAUGGCUCCAAUGGUGUUGAAAGACUGCACAAGGAAGAUGGGUUAGGAGCCAAGUCAUCAGAGCAUGUAUCUAACAAGAAUCCAAUGGACUCGGAUAGUAGCACACCUGCUCUAUACAGUGAAAAGGACAAGGUGAGAUGCAACAAGAGGAAGAUGAAAAGUGAGAGCAACAAAAGGAGAAGGAACAAUAAUGAAGAAAACAUGGAAAUAGCAGAGAGCAUAAGGUGGCUUGCGGAAGUGGUGGUGAGGUCAGAACAAACGAGAAUGGACACAAUGAAAGAGAUAGAGAGGAUGAGAGUUGAAGCUGAGGCAAAGAGAGGGGAAAUGGAGCUUAAGAGAACUGAAAUCAUUGCCAACACACAACUAGAGAUUGCUAGGAUCUUUGCAAGUGUCAAUAAAGGUGUUGAUUCAUCAUUGAGAAUUGGAAGAAGUUAAGGGUACAUUAAUUAUGGAAGUUUAUCACUUGUUUGUAUGCAUGUGUAUAGCUUUUAUAAUAUGUAUAUUGAAGAAGAAAGAGGGAGGCUUGUAACAACUCUCUAAUUUGCCUAACUAGUGAAUAGGGGCACCAUACGGUAGAGAUAAUAAUUAUCUCUCCUAACUUUAAUUAUAGACUUUUAAUUGUAACCUUCUCUUUCAUUAAUUAAGAAAUGAAGGAUGUGAUAUGCUUCUUCUAAUAUUGCAUCGGUUAAAGU